UCAAAUCCAUAGACAUAAAUAACCACCUCUCGUAUUAGAGUUUCUUUUUCGAGUUAAGUACAGUACGCAACAUUAAUGGCAGGGAUGAUAAUGAAGCUCUUGUGUUCUGUGGUGGCUUGCAUGGUGGUGUCUGCACCCUAUGCAGAGGCCGCUAUUACCUGCGGUGUGGUGGUGACCAAGAUGUUGCCAUGCCUGGCUUACCUGAGGAACGGUGGUGCAGUGCCAGUACCAUGUUGCAAUGGUGUUAAGAGUCUGAAUGCUGCUGCACAAACAACCCCCGACCGGAAAGCUGCCUGUGUUUGCCUGAAGAAUGCUUAUGCAUCAUACCCCGGCAUCAAAACUAACUACGCCAUCAGCCUUCCAGGAAAGUGUGGGGUUAACAUUCCAUACAAGCUCAGCCCCUCCACUGAUUGCACCAAGGUCCAGUAAAUUAAGUUCAUCCUAAGACGUUGGUUGGGAAGCUUUACAAACAAAUAUCAUAAAGUAUUUAUUAAAAUAAAUAUGGGACACUUGUGUUUUCCAUAUAUAGUCAUGUGUUAUAUGCAGUGUACUUGUUAUAUUAUAAGUUUUGGUUUUCCCACCAUGGUUAAUCUCAAUCUAAAUAUUCUAUUAA